AUGGAUGAGAAAGCGAGGAUUUUGGAGGAAAGAAAAGAAAAAUUGAUAGCGAGAUUGGAAGUGAGAAAUCAGGAGAGGAAAACGGCGGUGAAUGGAGGUUGGUUUUGAAAAAAGGAUUUUAGGAAAAAUUCCUGAAAAUUCAGAAUCCGAUUCGAAUUCCGAAGAAGCGGAAAUAGACAAUCUUAUGAAAAACAUCAAGAUCGAUUUGGAAAAUAAAAUUGUGGAUUCGGAAAAAGUUGAGAAAUUGCGUGAGUUGGUUUAAAAUUCAAAGUUUUAACGUUUCGCGCAAACAAAAAUUCACGUGGCGAAUUCGGCGCAAAAAGUCAAAAUUUGAAUUUUUUCGUUUCGCGCAAACAAAAAUCCACGUGGCGAAUUCGGCGCGAAAAAUCAAAAUUUGAAUUUUUUUUCGUUUCGCGCAAACAGAAAUCCAUGUGGAAAAUUCAGCGCAAAAAAUCAAAAUUUGAAUUUUUUCGUUUCGCGCAAAGAAAAAUCCACGUGGCAAAAUUAGCGCGAAAAAUCAAAAUUUGAAUUUUUUCGUUUCGCGCAAACAAAAAUCCACGUGGCAAAUUUAGCGCGAAAAAUCAAAAUUUGAAUUUUUUCGUUUCGCGCAAAGAAAAAUCCACGUGGCAAAAUUAGCGCGAAAAAUCAAAAUUUGAAUUUUUUUUCGUUUCGCGCAAACAGAAAUCCAUGUGGAAAAUUUAGCGCAAAAAAUCAAAAUUUGAAUUUUUUCGUUUCGCGCAAAGAAAAAUCCACGUGGCAAAAUUAGCGCGAAAAAUCAAAAUUUGAAUUUUUUCGUUUCGCGCAAAGAAAAAUCCACGUGGCAAAAUUAGCGCGAAAAAUCAAAAUUUGAAUUUUUUCGUUUCGCGCAAACAAAAAUCCACGUGGCAAAUUUAGCGCGAAAAAUCCAGAUUUGAAUUUUUUUUUCUCAUUGGAGUAGUUCAAAUUUAGCCUCUUUCGGGCCUUACAACCAUCAGUUCUAAAGCAAAAAUAAGGCCUAAAUUCACAUUUUUCCAGAAAAAUUCCUUGGCUAUUCGUUGGCAAAUCGUCGCCAAAAAGCAAUUCAAAACCUCCUCGAAGAAGUUCGAAAAUUGAAGAUUUCUCAAAAACCAGUGGCGAAAUUUGGCGGAUUUUCAUUUGGCACCAAAUCCAAACCAGCUUCUUCCUCUUCUUCUUCAGUUUCUGCUGCAAUUCCAGCUGCUACCUGUGAAAUUCCAACACCUUCGACGAAUUUUGUGAUUCAAGAUUUGAAAAAUGAGAAUCGCGUGAUUUCGAAAUCAAAUGAUGAUAAUGAAGAUUUGAGCUUGAAAAAUAUCGAAAAUUGUCGAUUGGAAUUUGAUUUUGAACCAUCUGUUGUUCAUAUUCGAGUAAGUUUUUUGAGAUUGAGAGCAAAAAAAUAAAAUUAAUUUUUUGCAGAACAUAAAAAAUAGCACUUUGUUGUUUUUACGAUGUGAUCGAUCAAUUUUAAUGCAUGAUUGUGAAAAGUGAGUUUUUUUGGGUAAUCGAAAAAAAAUGAUUUUUUUAAUGAAUUUCAAGCCUAAAAUCAUGAAAAAUCGAUGAUUUUAAGCCCUGAUUUUAAUUAGAUUCAAAAGAUUCAAACUACUGAAUUUCUAGAUUCACUGAAAAAUAAUAUAGUAUUUUUGAAACAGUGAUUUUUUCCUUUUUUUUUAAUCGGAAAAAAUUAGAUUUUUUUGAAAAAUCAUAGAAAUUUAGAAAAAUUCCUUACAAUUCAAAAUUUCCGGUUUUUUUCUGAAUUCUGAAAAAUUCCAAAAAUUUUUAAAUGGAGCUAAAUUUGAAGCCAAAAAUCAUGAAAAAUCGAAAACUUUAAGCCUUAAUUUUUUUUUAUUCAAAGGAUUGAAAAUACUGAAUUUCAAAAUUCACUGAAAAAUAAUACAGUAUUUUUGAAACAGUGAUUUUUUGAAACAAUUUUUGAAUUAGCUUCAAACCUUGAAAUGAAAUGGAAAAUUUUCUGAAAAUCCUCAUUUUUGAGCCAAAAAACAUGAAUUUUAUGAAAAAUAAGCUAAGAAUUAAUUUUUUAAUGAAAAAUCAUUCAAAAACUCAACCCUAAACCUAAAGAAAGAACGAAAACUGCCCGCAAACUCCAAAUCCUACGCGCAACCUUGACGCGAAAUAUUGUGUGUUCCUGGUGGCUAGAAAUUCAAAAUUAAUGAGUUUCAGAGACAAUUUUAAGUAGAAAUUUUCUGAAAUUUUUUGUACGAGAAAUACGGAAUUGCCACGUGGCAUUUUGAGCCAAAAUUUGCGGAAUUUCAACUCAGAAUUUAGCAGGAAAAUCACCGAAGAGGAUUUUUUGACUCAACAUAGAGAUAAAGAUUCACGUGGAACUUAGAGAACAAAACUUCCGAAGACAAAGUACUUUUUUGAGCAACAAAGUUUCUUACAGUACUCGACAAAUGCCAACAACUACAGUAAUCUUAUUGUAGACACGAAAUAUGUAUCUACAGUACCCUGAUUACUGUAUUUCUAGGAAACAAAACUAGAUACAAGUCAUUGGCUUUUAUGCAAUGACUUGUAGCGACAACAAAUUUGGCUUUUCAGCAAAAAGUAGAAAAAAAUCGGACGGAAUCACACCUCGGCCAAGCCGUGGCUGGCCAGAGUACAAUUUUUUUUUAAAAUCUGAUUUUCAGUUUUUAGAGGUCAAAAAUUGAAAAAUCACAAUUUUUAGAGGACAAAAACUGAAAAAUUCAAAGUUUUUGUACUGUAAAAAGUUAGCGUACAAUUUUUUAUUGUGGGAACCACGAUUUUGGCCGAGGUGUGGACGGAAUCCUUGAAUUUGGUGGAUUUCCAGAGAAAAUUGUCGCUCUGAAAAUCUAAAGUUUUUUUUAAAAUUUAAAAUUUGGGCAUAGCUUCCGCAUCUCCGCUGAAAUUCCAAAAAAUAAUUAAUAAAAUCCAGAAUUUUCAAGAUUUUCUAAUUAAAAAAAAAGAAAAUCAAGAAAACUCUGGAUUUUAUUAGUUUCUUUUCGGAUAUUUCAGAAGUUCUUAUUUAUUUAUUCUGAAAUGAAUGCUUACCGUUGCAUUGUCCGUAGAGCGCAUUUGCUCGACUGCCAAUCUGGAACAAAAAUUGAAUUUUCAAGUUUUCAAAAAUUGGGCAUAGCUUCCGCAUUCCAUCUGAAAUUCCAAUUGAAAAAUUUGAAUUCCAUCAAUUUUCAGUUAAAAUUCCAGAAAAACUCACCGAAAAUUUCGAAUUCUUCGAUUCUGCAAGUGUUUUCAGGCGGGUUUUCCAUGGUUUUCGAAUUUGUUUCUGCAAAAAAUUCAGAUUUUUCUUGGAAAUCUCGUAUUUUCCCUGAUAAUAGUUGAAAUUUCUCUCCUCCUCGAAUAAUUCCACGUUUUCUUUUCUUUCGAAAAGCGAACCUCGAUCUCUCCCUUCACAGUUUUUCCAACCAAAUCAAGUCGACAAAGUCGAGAGUAUAACCAAAAAGUGACUUAAGGUAACUCAUGUCGAGGUUCCUGACAAUUGCAAUGGCUAAUGCUCAACUUCAAAAGCUUCACUAUCCGGAGUUAGGCUAAGUUGAGCUGUACUUUACUCCAGGAGAGACACGUGGCAAAUUAUUCGCAUAGGGUUCAGGGGAAUUCAGGGGAGACCCAAGGGAAAAAACUCAUCUGCCGUUUUGUUGCUCGCCGAAAAUUUGAAUGAUUUGAAAAAAAUUAUCGUUGAAAUGACAUUUGCCACGACAAAUUUCACGUUCACGCAAAAAUUGAUUAUUUUUUCUCUCAAAAAUUUUCUUGCAGUGUUCACUUAUACGUGGCCGCCCAACAAAUCCGUUUGCACACCUCGCAAAAUAUUCAUUUACACGUGGCAACUCGGGGUACUGUAAUCAUGGAGGACACUAAGAAUUGCUUUAUGUAUGCCUACAAGUGAGUCGAGAAUUUUUUCUGUGAAAAAAUUUUGAAAAAAAAUUAAAAAAAAAUUUUGCAGACUUCAAAACAAAAAUGGUGACGUCAUCGAAGUGGAGGACAAUUUUCAGUGGAAAACUCCCAAGGAUUUCGAUUGGCUGGCUGAAUCGCAGAGCCCGAAUUGGAGCCUGAAACCAGAAAAUGAGUGGACCACUGAGAAAUUGAGCUUUUGA